GAUCGCUGAUUUCACCGAACGGCGCUUAAGAAGCCAGUCUCAAACUCGAAGUCCUGCUUUUCCGCGCGCCCUGUUUCUGUGCUUCUACCGGAAAAGGGAAAUAUCACCGUUGAAAGGCCGUUGCAUCACUGCAUAAAGACACGGCUUCAACAAGCGAUCCACCAGCCAGAAUAGCCACGACAGGGUGGACGUAUUUUGGAUAUUCAGGUCCAAAGCCUGGUGCGGGUUUGAGUAGUCACUCCUUCACGAUAUCAGAUUAUACGAGAUCCUUUCUGCUGCAAAAUGGAGCGAAUUCUCGAGAACAUCAAGAUCACGAACAACAAGAUCUACGAGAACAUGCCCGAGGGCAGGCUUCGACAAAACCGUGAAGGUGAGCCAAGAAAAGGCACCAGAUGUUCUCCACUGCAUAUGGUCAUACUGAACGGUAGUUCAAAGCCCACUGGUAUUUCCACUGCCGCCGAUAGUCCAGUGGCUCCCCAAGUUCAACAGAUAUUGGACGCUAGUCCAACUCCGCGCCCGCUGGCUGUGCCAGUAGCAUCUCCUUCAGUAGCCCCGCUAAUAGCACCGGUGCCCAAAAAGAAAAAAGGCCGGCCCAGGUUGUUUCUGGCACAAGUCGUGGAUCGUGCAGAAGACUCCUUUGUCGUGUUCAUCAAGUUCAACGUGCGGAACAAAUUGGCAAGACGUUAUUUCGGGCUCUCGACCCCGUCAGCGCCGCCGGCCCCACCAGAUAGCUUGACCAGACUACGGCCCCCUCUGGUGCGAAGCAGGGUGCAAAACUUUGCAGAGGAUGUAGAUGAGAGCAGGGCUACCCGAAAGCGUGUGUCCAGACUUCGCCAGUGCCACACACGGGAUUCUGCCAUCAACAAGAUCACAUUGAAACCGGAAUCGCGGCUUGCUAGCAAGGCCGAGGCACGGAAACGAUACAAGACCAUGCUUGCAAACAGCAGGCUCCGAGAGGCUGCUGCCGAGAGGCUACUGGAGAGCCUCGAAAAGGAUCUCCCGUACCACGGAGUGCUUCCAUUUCCAGACUGUAUCAUAAACCACACCGACCCUACUGCUUCUGACCGUGAGAAGUUCGUUGAGUUCGCGGACCAAGCGUCUCGAAUGCAUGAAGACUUGCAGACUAGGAUGCUAGCAGGACCUGCGCUUGAGGAUUCACCUUCUGCCACGCCCAUGCCUCAAGGAGCGUCUUAUUACUAUCUGCGAAGCCAAAUUGAGAAGCUUCAGUUCCGAGACUUUCUAAUAGACACGUGGUACUCGUCCCCCUACCCCGAGGAGUACGCCAGAAACAAAGUCUUGUACAUCUGCGAGUUCUGCUUGAAGUACAUGAACUCGGCGCAGUCUUAUUUCAGACACCAUCUGAAGAGUUGUAACUCUUUCAAGAACCACCCGCCUGGGGUUGAAAUCUACCGGGACUCUGAAGCCAGAAUCUCGUUCUGGGAGGUUGAUGGGCGCAAAAACAUUGAGUAUUGCCAGAGCUUGUGUUUGUUGGCGAAACUCUUUUUGAAUUCAAAGACCUUGUACUACGACGUGGAGCCAUUUGUGUUUUACAUCUUGACCGAAAUUGACGAGCAGGACUCGUCCACAUACCACUUUGUUGGUUAUUUCUCCAAAGAAAAACUCAACAACUCUGACUACAAUGUCUCAUGCAUCUUGACAUUGCCGAUAUACCAGCGCAAGGGGUAUGGGAGCUUGAUGAUUGACUUCAGCUAUUUGCUUUCCAGGAGAGAGUUCAAGUAUGGGACACCCGAGAAGCCUUUGAGUGACUUGGGGCUAGUCAGUUAUAGAAACUACUGGAAAGUUGCAGUUGCCAGCACUUUGAAGCGCAUUCACGACCAGUUCUUAUGCGAAGGCUCCAGGAAGGCUUUGUUGACCCUCGACAACAUCGCGCAACUCACUGGAAUGAAACCGUCCGAUGUUGUAUUUGCCCUCGAGCUGCUUGAAGCACUCGUUGUCAAUAAAGACACGGGCAAAUACGCAAUCUUGAUAAACCUAGAGAUGCUCGAUAUCGUGAUCAAUAAGUGGGAGCUGCGGAACUACGUGAAACUAGACCCCGAUCUCUUGCUAUGGAAGCCGUUGAUAUAUGGACCUUCGGGUGGCAUCAAUUCCGCGCCACCCUUGUCACUUAUACCGCAAGCCGGAUCUGAAGUGCCAGUGGUCAGUAACAGUAUCUCAAUGAUCACGGAAUUCUUAAAAGAUGACAUUGGCAACCCCUACACCUUUGAAGAGGAAGCAUACAAAUCCAUUAAAACUGCUCUAGAUACGAAGACACCAUAUGCAGGGUGUCAUUUUGAGCCGAAUGACUUCAAUGUUUGCCAUCCUGAUUUCGAAAUCCCAACGGAAAAGAAACAACUGAACGCUUAUAACGAAAUCAAAGUAGCAGACCCCGAUGACGAGGAUGAAGUCGAUCUCGAGGACGAUAUCGAUGUGGACAAUGAGCUCUUGGACUCGGGCUAUGAAGAAUACCUCGAUGCUGAAAGUGACGAUGGAACUGUAGAUCAGAAGAUCAGUAGCAUGGUACAAGCAGAUGGAAUUGUAUCGGAGGAAGAAGAUGAAGUGGACUUUUAUGACGGUGAGAGUGACCAGGAGAGGGUCGAAGACGACGAGGAGCCGGAAGUAGCAGAGGAUGAGAUGGACGAAGAGAAUUCCGACGGGGAAGAAUCUGAUGAUGACGAGAGUGUGAAGGAAGCCAUUGUCCAGAGGGAACGAUAUUCACCAAGACACAUCCUGCCAAGAGAAACAAGGUCUCGAAGGAGGGAAGAAGUGCCACCCCCGGAAAAGAACACCAGGAGAACAAGACGCGGGGGCUUCUAGCCCAAUUGUAUUAUAUCACAUUUUGAAUAGUCUACAGGAGUUUGUAUAAAUAGUAUCCACGAAGUCCCUGACGUCGCUUUCGUCCUCCAAGCCGUGAAGCUUCGCCAUGAUCUCCGCAACUUGGCCAACAAAGACAGGCUCGUUUCUGGACUUGAUCAAAGGAUAGGCAAACUCU